AUGUCUCCGCCCGAUAUCCAACAAACUGAAGCUCCAGCUCCAGGAGGCUCUCCGUUUGAACCCGAAAAACAGUCCAGCAGCGAAAAUCAUGUCCUGGUCAAAUUAAUUGAGAAAAUCGCCUCAAAAGAUCCCCAGCGUCCAUUUCUGUCCAUCCCCUCAUCCGACAAUGCGCAAGGUGGCUGGAAGCCAAUGACAUUCCAACAAUUCAACACCGCCAUCGAUUAUCUCGCCCAUUCUCUGUCGAGCACAAUCACGAGAACACCCAAUGACGAGGAAUUUCCAACGAUCGCGUACAUCGGUCCCAGCGACCUGCGAUACUGCAUUAUCCUGUUUGCAUGUAUCAAAGCUGGUUUCAAAGCCCUCUUCAUCUCUCCGCGAAACACGCCUGCUGUUCAACUUUCUCUGUUCGAGGAUACCAACUGUAAUGUUCUGUACUGCACUGAGAGUUAUGAGGGUGUCAUGAAACCAUGCCUCGAACAACGCAAAAUGCAGGUUUGCAUCAUCGAAAGUAUUGAGCAUUUUCUCAAUGUUUCCUCAUCACCAUUUCCCUACGACAAAUCCAUCGACCAAGCACGCUGGGAUCCUCUUGUAGUCCUCCACACAAGCGGCAGCACAGGCAUCCCCAAACCUAUCGUCGUCCGUCAGGGUACGUUCUACGCUUUAGAAACCAUGUUGCGCAUGGGUUCUUUCAACGACUGUCCCUUCGCAAUGGAAGAUUGGGGCGACAAAGGAACUAAAAUUCUGCUGUCAAUGCCCAUGUUUCAUGGCGCUGGUGUUUAUGCGACUAUCGCUGGCAUUUUCACCAAAACUACUACUGUUAUGUCGCUUCCGAAUAAGCCUUUGGGUGUUGAUUCGGUUUUGGAGUGUUUAGAUGGUUCUGGGGCGCAGGGUGUGGUUUUGCCGCCUUUUAUUGUCGAGGGGCUUGCUGCUAGUGAGAAGGGUGUCGAGGCGUUAUUGAAGCUGCAAUUCUUGAAGUUCGCUGGAGGUAACUUGUCACCAGCUGUGGGAGAUUUCCUUGUCGAGAAAGGCGUCAAGUUGAAUAACUUGAUUGCCUCAACAGAGUCCUUUCCAUACGCCCUCUAUCACCCAAUCGACCCAAAACUGUGGCAAUACUUCGUCUUCGACAGCGAAACAAUGAACAUCGACUGGCGUCAAUGUGGCCCCAACGAAUACGAAUUUGUCAUUGUUCGAAAAGACAUGUCCGAUCCAGCAAACCAAUCAGUCUUUUACAUCUUUCCCGAAAUAUCAGAGUGGUCCACAAAGGACAUAUUCCAACCCCAUCCUACAUUGAAGGACCACUGGCUAUAUAAAGGUCGCGCAGAUGACAUCAUUGUAUUCUCCAAUGGCGAGAAACUCAAUCCCGUUUCUAUUGAAGCAGCUGUUGCAGGUCAUCCGCUUGUUAAUGGUGCCUUGGUGGUCGGACAGGGUAGGUUUCAGGCUGCGCUUAUUGUUGAGCCUGUUGAAGAUGCCAUUCCGAAGGAUGAGGAGGAGAAGAAGGAGUUUAUUGACAAGGUUUGGCCGACUGUCGAGGAGGCUAAUUCUGAAACGGUUGGUCAUGGGAGGAUCACGAAGGAUUUGGUUGCUGUUGCGGAUCCAGCUUUGCCUUUUGCGCGCGCUGGUAAGACGACUGUGCAGCGGGCAGCUACUGUCAAGCUGUACGAGCAGUUCAUUGAGAGUCUUUACGAGAAGGCACAAGGCGACGGCGAUGAUACAACUGUUGCUCUUGAUCUUGCCAACGAAGAAGCACUUGCGCAAUCGAUUGUCGCUAUUUUCCAGACCAGACUUGGCGUCGAUGAUGUUGCAGUGGAUCGGGAUUUCUUCUCUGCGGGAAUCGACUCGCUUCAGAUUAUGAACGUCACCAAGAUUCUCAAGACAUCACUGCAGGCAGCAAACAUCGACACGACUACUUUCGAGCCGCGCACUGUUUAUCAACACCCUACUGCGAAGGAACUGGCUGGUUACAUCCUUUCUGGAUCGCAGGAUUCGUCGAAGGAGAUUAACGAAACCGAGAGACUCAUCUCCAAGUACACUGAAACCCUUCCCGUAGUCAAGACUGACAAAAAGCCUCCCACGGAUGAGGGUCAGACUGUGUUGAUUACAGGCACGACAGGCUCUCUGGGCGCUUACAUUCUUCACGAUCUCUGUCAACAACCAUCCGUCGCGAAAAUCAUCGCUCUCAAUCGUGCAGAGGAUGGCGGUGCAUCACGCCAGCCUUCAAUGAACGACGCACGCGGUUUAACGCAAGACUUUACAAAAGUCGAAUUUCUCCACGUCGACCUAUCGCUGUCGGACUUUGGUCUCGGACAAGAUAAAUACAACACUCUGCUGGCCAGUGCUGACCGAAUUAUCCACAAUGCUUGGCCAGUGAACUUCAACAUUAGCGUAUCAUCCUUCGAAAGCUCGAUUCGUGGUGUUCGUCAUCUGAUUGACUUUUCCGCCGCCGCAGUGAAACAUGUGCCUAUUGUUUUCAUCUCAAGUAUCGGUACUGCUGACGGAUGGACCUCUUCCGAUCCCGUUCCUGAAGAGCAGCUUACAGAUGUUUCGCUUCCGCAGAUGGGCUACGGUCGGUCCAAACUAGCAGCAAGUUUAAUCCUUGACACCGCUGUGGAGAAGUCAGGUAUCUAUGCAGCGUCUGUGAGAGUCGGACAAAUCGCUGGCCCAAGAGCAGAAAAGGGAUUAUGGAAUAAACAGGAAUUCAUACCGAGCUUGAUCGCGAGUUCGGUGUAUCUUGGUGUUUUGCCUAAUCAUCUUGGUCCGCAGCAAGAAGUUGCCUGGACAACCACUGAAGACAUCUCUGGUCUAACUCUUGACAUCGCUGGUAUUACUACCCCCAAGGGAGCGGAUGAGAUCUCGGGAUACUUCCAUGGUGUCAAUCCCUCUGUCGUAGAUUGGUCCACGCUCGCACCAGCCGUGAAGGAUUUCUACGGGGAUGCGAUGAAGAUUGUCAGUUUGGAAGAAUGGGUUGACAGGUUGGAGGCCAGCGCGAAAGAGAAGGAUGUGGAUAUGGAUAAGAAUCCUGGUGUUAAGCUUCUUGAUACAUAUCGAGGAUUACUGGAAGGGAAGAAAAAGGGCCAGUUUCUUAGAUUCGAGAUGGAGAGGACGAAGAAGGCUAGUCCGACGAUUAGGGAUGCUGGACCGAUUACGGAGGAGUUGAUGGUGAAUUGGUGUCGUCAAUGGGGAUAUUGA